AUGACAUUCCAAACCCUCAAAACAACUUGGAAUAAACGUGCAUGGACUUACCAAGAGUAUCAUUUCUCAGAUCUUUGCUUAGUCUUCGCCAAUCAGAGGGCCUAUUACGAGUGCCGGUCCAGCACACGAAGUGAGGUUAUGCCUCACGACUUUACACAAGAGCUUACGAUGAAGGUAUCAUAUCAUCCCCCCGAAACUACGGGAACGGCACUGGGUUUGUUGCAACAUCACUUGUUUUACUACGAGGAUCGUCAGCUUACGUUUGAACACGACAUCCUCGAUGCGUUUAGCGCGGUGUUGGACGAAAUCGGAGAACGUUACGACACUGAAUUCUGCUGGGGCUUGCCAAUUAACGAGUUCCUACGUACAUUGCUCUGGACCAAACACAGCGACGAUUAUAGUGUCUCACAGCCUGCCUUUCUCCGAAGGGCUCCGCGUCCAGACGGCAUCUUCUUCCCCUCUUGGUCUUGGGUUGGCUGGCUCGGAGGCGUGAUUUUCAACAAUAUAUACGGAAUUCGAUGGCGGAAAAAGCGCCAGGUAGACGGUAUGAUCGUUUGCCCUUGGGAUGAAACAUACUGUAUUGAUAUACCCUCGGACCACCUUGAGACUGGUGUGUUGGUCAUAAACGCCAACUUGGCCAACAUCAACCUUGGCCUACUUUGUGUUGAUGCACAUCCGGAAACUUUGCACUUUGACGAAAAUGAGAUAAUACCUGAGGUCACACAAUGUAUUCUCCUCGGUAUCGUUGAUGGGAACGGGAGACUGGAAACUAUUCGAACUUAUCGCUGGGUCGAAUACACUCAUCUCGUAAUGGCGGUUGAGCAACACAAGAAUGGUGUUUACUACAGGAAAGGCCUGAUAGAACUGCGAAAGGCCCAAUGGGAAGCUCAAAGCAUUGCCACGCAGAACAUUCGUCUAGGAUGA